UCCAGCAUCGGUCGACCCCGAAUCCCCGAUAUCAACACCGACAGCCACGAACUACGAACCAAAGCCGCAUGUAAACGAACUGAAAGACUUACUUACAUAUUCAUCCCCCCUCGCGCCCAAGAUUCAACUUGUCCACCUCUUCACCCCCAGCAAAUACCGCCAUCAUGUCGCGCACCACCAUCAGCACCCCCAACGCGCCCCCUCCUCUCCCCCAGUUCGUCCAGGCCGUCUCCUACAACGGCCUCCUCUUCUGCUCGGGCGCCGUCGGCAUCGACCCCAGCACAAAGACCAUGGUCGAGGGCACGGUUCAGGACCGCGCUCGCCAGUGCCUCAGGAACCUCACUGCCGUCCUCGAGGCCGGUGGCAGUGGCCUCGACAAGGUGCUCAAGGUCAACAUCUACCUCACCGACAUGGCCAACUUUGCCGCCUUCAACGCCGUCUGGGAUGAGUUCUUCACCACGGAUCAGAAACCUGCGAGGACGUGUGUCGCUGUGCACCAGCUGCCCCUCGGCACCGAUGUGGAGGUCGAGUGCACGGCCAUCGCUGGCCAGGGGGCAAGACUGUAGAUACGUACUCUAGCCGCUGCAUUCAAGAACAAGAACGUCAAAGCCAUU